AUGAGUAACGACACUUUAAAUUAUCAAGGAAAUAUGAAUUGGAACACAACGACAGAGUCUCAACCAGCUGUCGCACUAAAGCAAAUUCAAACUGAAAGUGUGCCAGUAAAUAAUGAGAAGUAUAAUUAUCAAAACAAAUUGAGUACCGUCGGAAUGAGAAUUAGACAAAAGAUUGACCAAGGUUAUUAUAAUCAUUCUAAUGCCUCGUUGCAAAAUGACGGACUUAUAAGAGAUUAUGCAUCCAUGAUCGUGCCACAAUUUAAUACUAAGGUCAUCUUGAAUCGUCAACCUCCAAUGUUAGUCAACCAAAGAACUGUAUCCACUCAAUCAGACCUUGAUACUAUGUUCCAUAACAACAACAUGAAGCCAGGCAAUCAAGAUAUCAACAUGGAUGCCGAAGAUGAAUAUAAUAGAAAGAGAAAGAUUUGA